AUGAAAAUAACAAGUGGAUAUGGAGCUAGUGCUAUAUUAAUAUUAGAUGGUACAAUUGAAGCAUUUUCUACUAAUCAAGUAACAUUACAUAGACAAAUUUUAUUAUCAACAGGAAUUGGUGGUAGAAUAGUUUGGUGUAAUGAAAUAGAACAAAUAGAUCCAUGUGAAUGUAAAUGUUUAUAUUCAAAAGGAAUUUCAUUAUCAUUUUUUAAUCCUAAAUCUAUCUUCAAUACCAAUUCUUAUCAAGGAAUUAUACAACAUUCUAUUUUAUUAUUUUUAAAACAUAUUAAUACAUUAUAUCUUUCAAAUUAA